CCAAUAGCAGCGGCGAGAAGAAAGGCAGAGCAGGAAGUUUAAAGCGCCUCGGAGCUCCAGGUCACGGACCAGUUAGCGCUGCAGCACCGCCAUGUUCUGGUUACAAGCAGCAGGCAGAGUUCAGGUUGCAGCUUAACGGAGACACCGAGGCUGCUGACACCAUGAUAGGUGCCUUGCUGUGCGGAGCCGCGGUGUUCCCAGGCCUCUUCUUCGGCUUCAGGAAGAUCCUGAAGCGCACCUGGCCGGAGUGGAGCGACGCGGACGUCGCGACAGUCAGUGAGAGGCUGGUCUCUGCUGUCCACGCGUCCUUGGCCACUGCAGCCGGAGUCACGGUGGUCUCGUCGUGCAGGGAUGUGAUGACCGACAGCCACUGGCUGGUGAACAGCUUCGUCCUGUUCGGCGCGCCGUACAUGCUCUUUGACCUCUACGCCAUGUACCUGAGCCACUACCACACCGAGAGGACCCCAGGGGGGUCCGCAGCGCCCGGCGGACACUCUCCUCACACAGUGGGGGCGUUCCUGCGCAAGGACUGGAUGCUGGUCCUUCAUCACCUGGCCCUGCUGCUCGUCUUCAUGCCCGUCACCUUGUUUUUCAGGAGAGGGCUGGGGGAUUUCUUCAUCGGCUGCCUGUUCAUCACAGAGCUCAGCACUCCCUUCAUCUCCAUAGGAAAGAUUCUCAUUCAGCUGCGCCUCGACGGCACCAGGCUGCACCGAGUCAACGGCCUCAUCGUGCUCCCGACCUUCUUCACGUGUCGCAUCCUGCUCUUCCCCUUCAUGUACUGGAAGUACGGCCAGCAGUUCGGCAUUCCUCUGCACAGGGUGGCCUUUCACCUGCCUCUGCACUGCAACCUGGGUAACCUGGUGCUCCUGGCGCCACAGGUCUACUGGUUCUCCCUGCUGCUGAGGAAAGCCCGGCGCCUCUACCUGAGGCAGAGGAGGCGGCAGGAGGACGAAGCCGGGCCGAAGGCAGACUGAGGUGUGGUGAACGUACAACCCUGAGACCUGCAGCGCCGCUACUGAGAGCAAGACGAGGUUUUCUGCACCAGCUCUCAUGGAAGAUUGAUGAGGACCAAAUGUUUGUCAGCAGCGUGUAAAAAGGUUCAUGAUGUAAAUGUUCAACCUGCACUGGGCAGCCAUGCUUCCUGAACAAAUAAAUGGCAGAUAAACGGC